AUGUGGGGUCUGCUGGUGCUUUUUCCUGUGCUGCUCAGUGCAAGGCCUUGCCCUGGCGGGGAGUGUGUCAAGGAGCACCUCUUGCUGCAGCAGAAGCACGGAGUGCAGAAGGUCCAUGCACAGCACAAGGCCAUGGACGCAGUGAAGGUGCACAAAGAGGCAUCCAUCGUAGAGGCCCAUGGCCGCCUGGGCGUGAUCGGCAACAAGGUCGUGGAUGAGUAUGGGCUGCCAAUUCGCCUUCGGGGCAUGUCCCUCUUUUGGUCUCAGUGGAAGCCACAGUUCUGGACGUCAGGAACCGUCCAGUGGUUGAAGGAGGAUUGGGGUAUCACCCUGCUGCGCUGCCCGAUGGCGGUUGAGGCUGGUGGCUACCUGACCGACCCGGAGACCGAGCUGGCCAAGUUGGAGGCUGUGGUUGAUGCAGCCAUCGCUGCUGAUAUCUAUGUCAUCAUUGACUGGCACGACCACAACGCGAACGAUCAUGUGGAGGCGGCCAAGGGGUUCUUCACACAGGUGUCGCAGAAGUACGGUCAGUAUCCAAAUGUCAUGUUCGAGAUUUUCAACGAGCCGAUCUUCCAAAACUGGACCGAGACAAUCAAGCCCUACCAUGAAGAGGUGGUGGAGGUGAUCCGGCAGAACUCGCAGAACCUCAUCAUCAUGGGAACUCGUGUUUGGUCUCAGGACGUGGAUGGUGCUGCAGAAGACCCUGUAGAGGGCGUGAAUCUGGCCUAUACCAUCCAUUUCUAUGCCAAUACGCACAAGCAGGAGCUGCGUGAGAAGGUGGUCAAGGCCCUAGAGGCGGGCAUCGCCAUCUUUGCGACCGAGUGGGGAACCUGCGAUGCCAGCGGAGACGGCACACUGAACCUCGAAGAGACGAAGACUUGGCUGGACUUCUUCGCUGCCCACAACAUCUCGGAUGCAAAUUGGGCCGUGAGCGACAAGCAGGAGGCAUGCUCCGCACUUCUCCCAGGUGCUGACGGAGCAGGUCAUUGGGAGGAUUGUGAGCUGACAGAGUCGGGCCACUUCGUGAGGGCUUCAUUGCGAGGGGAGACGAUGCCGACCACUCUUCCAACUCCCUGCCCGAGGUUGACCACGCCUCCACCCGGCCAAUGCGCAACAUCUACGGAAAGCUGUGCAGAGAAGAAGUGCUGCGAGGACAUCGGUAGCAAGUGCUACCAGAAGAACGAGUAUUGGGCAUCCUGCAAGGCGAGCUGCACACCAGGCCACCCAAACUGA